GUUCGCUACUGUUAGAAUCGAAGAUAAAUCCAAAUACUGCAUAUCAAAAACAGCAGGACACCCUGAUUGUUUGGUCAGAAGCAGAAAACUAUGAUUUAGCACUGAGUUUUCAAGAAAAAGCUGGCUGUGAUGAAAUUUGGGAAAAAAUCUGCCAGGUGCAAGGUAAGGAUCCUUCAGUGGAAGUCACCCAGGACCUCAUUGAGUCAGAAGAGGAACACAUAGAAGAAAUGCCUGAAACUAGUCCUUUGAUCGACCUUCCUACUUGUGAACUCAACAAACUUGAAGAGAUUGCUGACCUAGUUACCUCUGUUCUCUCCUCACCCAUCCGUAGAGAAAAGCUAGCGCUGGCCUUGGAGAAUGAAGGCUAUAUUAAAAAACUAUUACAGCUUUUCCAAGUCUGCGAGAAUUUAGAGAACACCGAAGGCUUACAUCAUUUGUAUGAAAUUAUUAGAGGAAUUUUGUUCCUCAACAAAGCAACUCUCUUUGAGGUGAUGUUUUCUGAUGAGUGUAUUAUGGAUGUUGUUGGAUGCCUCGAGUAUGAUCCUUCUUUGGCUCAGCCAAAACGGCACAGGGAGUUCUUGACCAAAACAGCAAAAUUUAAGGAGGUUAUUCCUAUAACAGACUCUGAACUCAGGCAAAAAAUCCACCAGACUUACAGGGUACAGUAUAUUCAGGACAUCAUCUUGCCAACACCAUCUGUUUUUGAAGAGAAUUUUCUUUCUACCCUCACUUCCUUUAUUUUCUUCAACAAAGUUGAGAUUGUCAGUAUGUUGCAGGAAGAUGAGAAAUUUUUGUCUGAAGUUUUUGCACAAUUAACAGAUGAAGCUACAGAUGAUGACAAAAGAUGUGAAUUGGUUAACUUUUUCAAGGAAUUCUGCGCGUUUUCUCAGACCUUACAACCUCAGAACAGAGAUGCAUUUUUCAAAACUUUGGCAAAGUUGGGAAUUCUUCCAGCUCUUGAAAUUGUAAUGGGAAUGGAUGAUCUGCAAGUUAGAUCUGCUGCUACAGAUAUAUUUUCUUAUCUAGUAGAAUUUAGUCCAUCCAUGGUCCGAGAAUUUGUUAUGCAAGAGGCUCAGCAGAGUGACGAUGAUAUCCUCCUCAUCAAUGUGGUCAUUGAGCAGAUGAUCUGUGAUACAGAUCCUGAACUUGGGGGAGCUGUUCAGUUAAUGGGGCUUUUACGUACUCUGAUAGAUCCGGAGAAUAUGUUGGCCACAGCUAAUAAAACAGAGAAAAGUGAAUUUCUCAAUUUCUUCUACAACCAUUGUAUGCAUGUUCUUACUGCACCGCUUCUGGCUAAUACAUCAGAAGAUAAAUGUGAAAAAGAUGCAGUAGUUGAGUCCACUAAGAGUAAUACAAUUUGUCCUGAUAAUUAUCAAACGGCACAACUACUUGCCUUAAUUUUGGAGCUGCUUACUUUUUGUGUGGAACACCACACAUAUCACAUCAAGAAUUACAUUAUGAACAAAGAUUUGCUAAGAAGAGUGCUGGUCUUGAUGAAUUCAAAACACACAUUUCUGGCCUUGUGUGCUCUUCGCUUUAUGAGGAGGAUAAUUGGCCUAAAAGAUGAGUUUUAUAACCGUUAUAUCAUCAAGGGAAACCUGUUUGAACCAGUUAUAAAUGCGCUGUUGGAUAAUGGAACUAGGUACAACCUACUCAACUCUGCUGUGAUUGAACUGUUUGAAUUCAUCCGAGUGGAAGAUAUUAAAUCCCUUAUUGCACAUAUAGUUGAAAACUUUUAUAAUGCACUUGAAUCUAUCGAAUAUGUUCAGACAUUCAAGGGAUUGAAGACAAAAUAUGAGCAAGAAAAAGAUCGGCAAAACCAGAAACUGAACAGUGUUCCGUCUAUAUUGCGUAGCAAUAGAUUUCGCAGAGAUGCAAGAGCCUUAGAGGAGGAUGAAGAAAUGUGGUUCAAUGAAGACGAAGAGGAAGAAGGUGAAGCUGUUGUACCUCCAGUUGAGAAGUCAAAACAGGAGGAUGAUUUUCCAGAUAGCUAUGAAAAAUUUAUGGAAACUAAAAAAGCUAAGGAGAGUGAAGACAAAGAGAAUCUUCCAAAAAGGACUUCAGCUGGGGGAUUCAAGUUCACAUUUUCCCACUCAGCCAGCACAGCCAAUGGUGCAAAUGGUGCAAACAGUAAAUCUGUGGCAGCUCAGACGUCACCAGCAAGCUCCAAUGGCUCCUCCUCAAAGAACGCAACCCUGACCACGGCAGUGACAGCCACCAAGGGAAGUCUAGUUGGCCUCGUGGAUUAUCCUGACGAUGAAGAUGAGGAGGAGGAGGAGGAGACAUCUCCAAGGAAAAGACCUCGUCUGGGUUCAUAAAUGAAACCAAAACUUUGGAAUAAAAACUUUUAUUACGGGGUUUCAAAUGCUGCAACUGUUUUAAGAGCUAAAAAGAAUCUGAUUCAGAAAGCUUUCUCCCAUGAGUAUAUAAGAUAAUACAAGGAGUAGCAAAAGAAACUCAGUGUAUCAGCUAGAAAGGGUUAGUUCUGUAAACACAAAGCUUCCAAGGAACUUAAUGUCUUUCUAGUAAAUAAGGAGUCUGCCAUUCAGGCUGUCAAAAAAAAAUUAAAAAAAAGAG